AUGCCGAAGGCGGACGACCCCCACGUCGUCCUCGGCGUCGCCAAAGGCGCAGCCGUGGAUGAAAUAAAAAAGGCGUUUCGCGCGCGCGCGCGCGUGCUUCAUCCCGACACGAGCGACGGCACCACGACGGAGGAAGAGUUUCACGCCCUCAAGGCUGCCUAUGAAGCACUUUUGAAACGUCGCGGCGCCGAGGCGGAUCCUCAAGACGAAGUCUACGGCCCCGGGAUGCGCGCGAGGUUAGAUGCCGCGCGAGCGUGGCGUGAGCGAAGCGCGAUGAAGUCGUCCGGGGUAGCACCGGCGAGGGAGUGGAAUGAAAUCAACGCGGCGGCGAGCGGGACGCAGCGGCGUGCGUCGGGACGGGCGUUCGACGCUGAGGCGCAUCAGACGCUGGAAGAGUUACUCGCGGCGAGGAGAGCGGCAAAGUCGAACACGGUGUCGUCCGUGAAGAGCGCUUUGGGGGCUGGAAUUGUCGAAGGCAAGGUUAGCAGAGGGAGCCGAGGGUUGCUCGUCGUCGGGUGUGGGUUGAUUAUCGGGUUGAUUGCUACGCGCAAAGUGAUGCAUAAGAUGGAGGAGAGGGAGAAGCGUGCGGUCAAGUCGUCAUAA